AUGAAGAGAUGGACAAAGGAUGCAAGACGUGGGAGUGAAUUUGUAGUCAAGUCGGAUGAUGUUCCCACUGAAACUGUUCAAAUGGCUAGGUUUGGGUCCUUAAGUGCUGAUUUUAACAAGCUUUGUUUUUAUGGGUCGCAAAUAGAAGUCACUUACAAGAGGCUAAAGGCUGAAUUUGGGAGAUUAAGUACUUUGGUUGAGACAUGGAAGGAGCAACAUGAACAAACUAGUCUUAAUCUAGGAUGCUAUAAUAAUGUUGUAAGAGACCCCGUAGUUGUUAAGACAAAGGGGAAGCAAACAACGAGAAGCGAAGACAAAUGGCCGUACAAUGCUGAAAGUGCAAGGUUACUGGCACUACAAGAAAACAUGCCUUUUGUGAAGAGGGGUAGUCGUCACUGA